AUGGGUUUCUCCAAAGCGACUCACAGUACAGACACACGUGUGUAUUCCUGCCGCAUCAGGAAGUGUGCUCCCGGGGCAUCUAGCUCAUGGCUGUGUGUGGAGCUCCUGCACCUCACCUCACCUCUCCUGCACCAGUUCUUCCUCACCUCCAUCUUCAUGCAGACGGAGAUCCACAUCCAAGAGGGGGCGCUGUUCUGUGACUCCCUCUGCGACAACGGCCUCCCUAUCUGGGGUCAGAAAGCUAGGUUGGCUGAGUGCGAAAGGAUGCUGGUUGCUCUAGACCUGGCUCUGUGGCUGAAUGACAGUGGCGCCGCCCUACAGGUUGUAGUGGGGUGCUAUGGGCUCCUGGCUCCCCUCAUCUACCACCAGAUACCAUCUGAGGAUGUGCUGCAGAUUCUGAUCAAGUGUUUGAUGGUGCUUCAGGAGAUCUCGGGGACUGUGAAGAAGAAACGCAACGUUGAGACGGCAGAGUCUCUUCAGCACAUGGUGGCGUGCAUGACCUAUUAUGUAGUCAAGGGCCUGCGUCUGCAGAAGGAGACUCGGAUGGCAGACAUGAUGGUUGAGCAGGGCAAGAAGCUCUUGAUGGAGAUCGCAGACAGGUCACCAGGAGGAGAGGAUAGUAGGAAGGCAGCAGGCCACCAUGGGGACGAGGAGUUGAACGAGACCCUCAAGUCUCUGGACUCCAUGAAGCUCAGGAAAUCAGCACCACUGAUUGCUCACGAGGCAACCUGGAGCAAAGGAUUGGGCAGUCAUGAUCUGACUGGACAUGAAGACCCCGUAAUCCUUUACACUGUGAUUGAAACCCAAGCCGUCAGGUCUAGCUUUAGAGAUGUGAUGAGGUUCAAACGGAAGCCUGGCUUCAUGGAGUUUGUGGUCCUCGUGCUGCAGAAGGCGAUGCAAGAGGACCAGCUGGAUAUGGUGGUGCAGUCGGGACAGGAAGCUCUCCACUUCCUCGGCAGACGAGAUGAGGAACUGUUAAUGAAGAAGGCACAAAUUGUGAUGAUCUCUGAAACAAGAAAACCUUCUGUCACCCCUGGUGAUCAGUUCAAGCGGAAAAAGCCCAUCAAUGAUAAGAAAGAAGAAAUGUUACUGAAGAAGAGAUUGUUUGCACUGAAAAACCAGAAAUCAGAAAAAGAGUGCAAGGUGGUGGAUAAUCUCAUCCAGCACAUGACCCUGCUGGUGAAGCGGCAGCAGCACCGGAGACGCCUGCGGCUGGUCUGCAGCGAGGAGUGGGUGUGGCGUUGCCAUGUCAACCUCCUGACGGCACGGGCCAACUUCAUACUCCUGCACCGCAACGUCAGUCAGCAGGGCAGCACUCGUCAGCUAUGUUACAGCCAGCUGCCCUCGUCGCUGUUCUCCCUGCCCCGCUGUGGCACUUUGGUGUGCUGGAGGAGUGGGCUUCAGCACAUCAGGACACCGGACCCGUGCGUGCCCACCGCCGCCGCUGCCAGGACCGCCGCCCAGCAGCCCGCCGCCACCAGGGGCAGCCCAAGGGGCCCCUCACACAGUAACAGGGACAGGACAUCGGGUUCAUAUGGAGAGGACCUCUACUCCGAUGAGAGCGACCCCGACCACGAGCAGGACGCCCAUCGGCGAGACGCCCUGAGCGGCCUGAAGCAACGCAUCCCCCAGCAGGUCAUGCUCAGCAAGGCCGCGCUGCAUCUCCGCAGGGCCAUAGUGCUGGCCCAUCGCGGCGGUCACUGGACCUCCCUGCAGACGGCCUGUGCGGUGCUGUGGAACCAGGCCUGCACCCUCCCCAUGCUCCUGGUGCCCCCGCCUGCCGACUGCCUGGGGGUGGAGCAGGUCUACUCCAGCCUCACCCCGGUCCUCGCCGUGGCCUGCGAGCUGCUCAUGGACAUGAUGGACAGGCUGAAGCUAUGGAGGGUGUACGAUGAAGAAGAGCAGGACCUGGGGGCCAGCCUUCACUUCAGCAGCACGCUGGACGACUGCACGCGCGUGGACCUGCGCUGGAUCAAGACCAUGGUGCUGCACACACUGGAGCUGCUCUACUACCAGGCCAAGUGGGAGACACUGGCACACCUCGCCCUCACAUACAACUUCUACACCAGGGAGCGCUACACACAGAUGGUCACCCCGCUGCUGGUCUACGCCCAGAGGAGGUUACAGGACAGGAUCGCUCUCUUUGGGGGUCCGCCGUCACCCCAGCCUCAUCACAUCCAAACCACAGAGAUCACCGGGGAGAGUAUCAAUUGCAGGAACUAUGUGGGCAAGCAGGUGACAUGUGUUUGGAGGACCCGAUUGCGCUUUAAGAGAACCUCAAAAGACACUUCUGAGAUCCCUCAGAUGAAGAGGGCGAUGGCUCUGGUUAGUGUCCCUCUGGAUGUGGAGGACACUCUGUGCUGUUUCCGAGACUCCCUGGAGAGAGGCAGCCACACCCUGCUGGCCUUCCAGCACAGCCACACACUGCUCAUGCUGCUGCUGGCCCACACCCAGCCCUGUUUGGAGGUGCCCUUCAGUAAGGACGCGGGCGCCCAUACCCCGGGCAGAGUGGAGUUCAGUGGGAUGGUGUACACGCCCCCCACCAUCGCACCCCCAGACCUGUCCAAUGAAGAUUUCAGCGCCCUGAGCUCCAUCUGCGCCUGCCCCUUGCCCCCCUCCCAGAUGCAGACGGUCCUGUCCUCCCUCAACAGCAGUGCUAAACAUCUCCAAGCCGGCAAUCUGAGUUCCCUCCGAGCGCAGACCUUGCACGACUUAGGGAAUCUGCACUACUACAAGGGAAGCAGAAGGAGUGCCCGCUCGUUCUGGGCUAAGGCCCUUGACUGUGCCCUGCAGGGCUCUGGGGUGCUGGAGGCGUGGGAUGGCGUCUCCUGGCAGGGUCUCUCCCCCCAGCAGGUCCUCAAGCAGGCUGGGCUGUGGGGCUGCUUACAAGGAGCUGUGCUGACGGCCAAGAUCGCCCAGUACAUACUGACGUCUGAUGUCAGUCAGCGCACUAAAUGCUGUCUGUUGUCUGCGUACCUGUUCAAGUCUCUGUUGCAGGCCUCCCUGCCCCAUCCUCAGGCCAACCUGCAGUACUCCUCCUACACUGUAGUGGGCGAUCUCAUACCAGGGCUGGAUCUGUUUGCGGACCCCCAGAGGGGCGGCCUCAGUGCUACCGUCUCCAGCCUGGGCUUCCUGUGCCACUGGCUCUAUGCUGCAGGACACUACGUCACGGUGCUGCCGGUGCUCUGUCUCUACCUGCAUUUAGUGGGCAGGGUCUGCAAGGACCCACAUCUCACUGUCAGGGCCAGGAUUCUCAAGGUACGGACCCUGACUGAGUUGGGCAUGUUCAGUCAGGCCCUGAGAGAAGUGAGGCGGCUGGUGAAUGCUGAUGAUGUACCCCUGCCCCACACCUACAACAGCACAGGAGACACAGCUAGAAUGAAAACCAAGUUUCAAAGCAACAAGCCGAUCACAGAGCCUGCUAACCUUCAGUCUGUGGAUGCGCUGUUGAGCAGCAGGGAGAGCUCUGACACCAGUGCCCUGUAUGGACCCCUGCUCUGCCAGUGGCUGGUUCUGGCCCGGGUCCAGCUCCUCCUGGCCCUGUGUGAGCGCAUCCACACCCUCCCAGAUCCACUCGGAACAGUGCCCCAGGAGCGUGAGACGACCAGACGAUCAAGCGACCAGACGACCAGACGAUCCAGCGACCAGACACCUAGCGACCAGGCGACCAGACAAUCCAGCGAGACAGAAGACGGACAGAAGAGUCCGUUGCUCGGCCUCAAGAAACCCUCCCCAGGCAAAGUGAAGGCGUUGUUGUUGAGGGAGGCGUGUACUAUGCUGGACCCUGUGCUGAGAUCAGGUCAGGCUCCUCCCACUGGCCCAGAGGACAUGGAGCUGGUUGUGGAGGCAGGACUACUCCAGUCAGCACUCUACCUGCAGCAGGGCAAAGUGUCUGACAGUGCUGAUCAGGCGGUGUGUAUUCUGAGGCUGCUGCAGGACUCUGUUGUGUUCCAGGCCGUGUCUCACAGCUCCCUCUCUCCUGGGCCAAGGUCCUCUAUGCUCCGGCUCAGAGAUUCCAGACAGAAUGCUGAUGAGCGCGACAGCAAGUCCCCUCCACAGCUGUUUGACGUUCCCACAGCUGUGGAGGCUAGGGAGAGGAUGGGCCCGUCACUAUGGUUACGCUGCAGACUGGCAGCAGUGCGGAGUCUGGUGGCCCACCUUCCCGACGCGGCCAUCUUGCCAGGUGUGCUUCCCGACGCGGCCAUCUUGCCAGGUGUGCUUCCCGACGCGGCCAUCUUGCCAGGUGUGCUUCCUGACGCGGCCAUCUUGCCCGGUGUGCUUCCCGACGCGGCCAUCUUGCCUGGUGUGCUUCCCGACGCGGCCAUCUUGCCCGGUGUGCUUCCCGACGCGGCCAUCUUGCCCGGAGUGGACAGCGGCGAGGAGGCAGAGUGUGUGUUGAAGGAGGGUCUUCAGGAGGCGGAGCAGUGGGGGUGUGUGGAGACGCACGCCGCUCUGCUGCUGCUGGGAGUCAGGCUCGACACACACCGCGCACGACCACGAGAGUACAGCACCGUACUGCUACAGGAGGCAGUGAGUCUGCUGUCUGGCCGUGGCUGUGUGUCUCUGGGUGGGUGUGUGACUCUGGCCAGGGCCACCCUGCUGCUCAGUGACCUGAGGGGCUCUGGAGGCCAGGCUCUGCUCCUCCUCACACAGAGGCUUCUCCUGCAGCAGCUCACUCAGCUUGGGGAGUCAGUGGAUCUGGGAGAGGGCGGUCGAGUCGUGCUGCCCGCUGCUCCAGGUCUCAGUAAUACCCACCACCCACAGCUGGUCCUCCUGGCCUCAACCACCUUCCGCCUGGGCCACUGCCUGCUCAGAGAGGCCUCUGUGAAGCCUGCAGAGACAGGUGGCUAUGCUGGCCAGCCGCCGCACCAGCGUGCCCUGGAAGUGCUGCAGUCCGCCCUGCAUCUGUGCCAGGCCCUGGGCAGCCGGCCGCGCCAGCUGGAGGCCGACAUCCUCUACUGCAUGGGGCUUGCUGAGCGGAGUCUGUUGUCCCAGAGUGACCUCACGGCCCAUGCUGUGGCUAAGACGUUUCUACGGAGCAUCAACAUCUGCAUGGAUCACUGCCCCAACCUGCAACAUGUCCAGCGGUGUUAUCUGGAGAUGGCUGGUGUGUAUCUGAAACAGCGGGAGGAGAGAACGCCUGACCCUGGCCAGAGUCUCUCUGCACCAAACACCCCAAGCCCAAAACUCCAGACGCUCAGAACACAACUACUGCAUCCUCUGCAUCACAGAAGGCUCCAGGAUUCCAGGAUCCAAACAGGAUACUUACUGAGGAAGAGAUCUACCUGCUCUUCUCCUGGGUCUGUUUAAGAGCAGCCCAAAAGACACGUGAGGCCAGUGCCAACUGUGCCCUGCUGAGUGGCACCCUGUGUGCCAGCGGAGACGACCUGCCCGUCCUGUCCUACAGUGACCUGCCCGACUUUGUCUCCAAUGACCUCCUCAAGCCCUGUGGAGGCCUGGAUGUGAUGAACAGAGACAGUCCCCCGGUGUCCAUGGAGACCGACGCCAGUCAGAGCCAGGGAGGCCGUCAGCUCACCUGGGUGCACCUGGCGCACUACCACACCCACCUGACCCACCUGCUCAGCCUCUCCACCUGCCCAGUUGUGUCUGAGGUGUAUGGAGGACUGGUGUCCCUGGCAGAGGACGCUGGUCUGUCUCUGAGGUUGUCCCAGCUGCAGGCCUUCUUCUCCGCUCACCUGCUCUUAUACAGGGACACCUGCACCGGCCCCCAAGCCACCCACCAACCUGCUGCUGCACCCACAGCUCCUUCAGUGUAAGGAGCCCCAGUCUUGCCCAGACUUGGACCCCGGGGCCUCGGCAGCUAAGGCGGAGCUCGUGAUCCAGUGGCACCGUCCUGCUCUGGACCCCAGCGUGACCACUCAGA